AUGGCCGACGCCGAUCGGCAGGUCGAACUUUUGUUCUUUGAUACAUUUUCUCAUGAAAAUGCAGAGGAACUUAACUUGGAUUUGGUACAGUUCCCCUUGCCAGUGAUAAUAUAUGAGGUGCGAGUGAUUCCACUUCGUACACAGGUCCAGGCAGAUUUUCCUGGAGGCGUGAGACUUGGAGCUACCAAUCCCUCAUCAUUCAAGUUGGAGUUGUAUGCCAACAAUCUCAGCACUCCAAAUGCCUCCACUUUCCAGAAGCUGGGCAUCCUUGACUACAAGGAGAAUGUCACCAUCAUGAUGAAGCCGGAUGAAGACGUGCCCACUGAUGGCUUGAUACUGAAGGGUUGGUACAACACCCUGACCCUGGCAGUGUAUGGCAGCAUGACCACAGUGGUGAUGAAGCCGGACAGAGAGUCACCACCCCCUCCACCUCCACCACAGCCUGCACCCAGGCCAAAAACACAGGAGAGCCGUGCCUCCAGCACCCCUGACUCACACCAGGAAAUAGAGGUGAGGCCCCCACCCAGACCAGCGCAACAGCAUCCUCUGGAUCUCCUGGAACAGGCUGUGCAACAGCAGCGCCAACAGCAGCAGCUCCAGCAGCAGCAACAACAACAACAACAACUUCAGCAGCAACAGCAGCAGCAACAGCAAAUUGCUCCACCCCAGUCACAACCACCAUUUCUACAUGCCCCUCCAACUCAGGCUCCACCUCCUCAGCCUGUGCCUCCCCCUUCUGUCCCCCUUGUCCCCCCUCCACAACCUGUCCCCCCUCCAGACAUCAUGUAUCGCUCAGUGCCCGGGGCAUUUGAUGCCCCACCUCAGCCCGUUCCACCUCCAGCUGUGCUAGAACCUGUGAGAGAUUUCCCUGCUAUUCCAUCAAUAGCUCCAGUUGAGCCGCCUCAUGAUCCAGAGCCACAUGACCAAACUCCUAGAGAGUUCCGAGACUUCCCUCCUGAACCAAAGGAGCCGUACGACUCAAGGGAGGAAACCCGUUCUCGGGACUCGUACGACUGGGACUACCAUAGGGACAGGGAUAGGGACCGUGAUAGAGACAGGGAUGUUAAGCCUCGGAGAAACUCCAGAGAUAGUGACAGCCGAGAUUAUUCUAGUUCAAGGGAGAGCUCCCGCGAGCCUAGAGACUACCGUGAUAGGGAUAGAGACAGAGAUUAUUAUAAAGACAGAGAUCGCGAAAGAGAGCGGGAUAGGGAGAGAGAAAGAGAACGAGAAAGGGACAGAGAACGGGAAAGAGAGAGGGAGAAACAGAGGAGGGAGGAGAGGGAACAAGAGAAGGAAAGGGAACGCCGGGCAUUUGAGGAAAAAGAGUCCAGACCCCGCAGUCCUCCACAACCUCCUAUUCGAAGACGAUCAUUUGAGCGGUCAAGGUCAAGGUCACCUAUUAUGCGUGAAGUGCGCCCCCCAGAACCACCACCACCUCCAGAAGAAGAAACAGAGUUGGGUGAAAUCCUUGAUGAGGGCCAGGAUGAGAUCUAUGACACUCUUACCCCAGAGCAGUCUCCACUUGAUGCUCUGUUUUCUGAUGGAGAACUACCGGAAGGAGAGGAUGGAGGCUAUGAGGACAUCUCAUCAGAGGACGACCUCAUGGGAGAGGACGCAGACAUCAUUCCAGGCAUGGAGAUAUAUGAGCUCGGUGAUGAAUCGUGGACGUACCCAGGAUCUACUUUCAAUCCACUUCAUACAUUCAUUUCUCCACUUGCAACUUUCUGUGACCCGUCGUCGACUGCCUAUGAGCUGGAGGUAACAGCGUUGGAACAGGCAGAUGACAAGUCAGGGGAGAUAACUGAGGAGGGGUCAGAUGAGGGGCCGGAGGAUGCUGUAAAACUUGCAAACAUCGUGAAGCAGUUCACUGAUGAUGACAAGCAUGAUAAGUGGGUGGAAGCUUUAGAAAGACACAACAGGACAGAUGUGUUGAAUACACUCAUGAUGUGGGCAAUGGAUGGCCUUGACCUUGAACAAGCCAUGCAGCAACCGGAGUCCGCGUUUAAAGUGCGGCACCUGAAGAUGGGGAUACGUCUAGCUGGGAGUCUGUGCAGCCUCAGUCCGGACAUGGCACUCAACAUGCUGAAGCGCGAUGUCCAGCACAAGCUGCUUGACCUGUUCUUGUCCCCGUACAUGGCAUUCAGCGUGAAGCAGCAGAUCGUAACAGCUCUAGACAAGACGCUGUGCUUCUCCAGCGGUCUGCUGUGGUUCCUUGGUAAACACCCCCAGCAGUCUGUGAAGAAGGAGGACGGCACGGAGGCAGUGUGCUGCUACAGGAGACUCAUGGACAUCAUGCUCACCAAACAGUUGGCCAGGACAAGCAUUGCAUUGACUGCUCUGAGUCGGAAAAUCCACACCUUUGACUUGUUCCAGAAUCUGACCCACAUUAUAGACCACGUACUGGAUACCCUACCCCCUCUGGAAGAUGAUGAUAUGAAGGGGGCAGAGGGAGAGGGGGAGCAGACGCCACCCCCCUGCAUGGAGGAGGAGGACGUGGACAAGUUGGUGGCUGCCUUAAAGGAAUUAACCAAGGUCUUCAUGCAUGCAGCUGACCUCAUUGCUCAGCCACGUCGUGGGCUUCCUGGGACUCAUGUGUUCUCCUCAGGAGAGCCUCCUGUAGAUCCUCUGCCCAGCCUCUUCCAUACAGCUUAUGAGUGUCGCCUGCUGGAGAGUAUCUUCGUGUUGACGUCAACGCCAGCAACGUCGAGUCAGCCGAGCAUCUUCACCGCGGUACAGAAGCUGCUGCUGCACCUCAUCAAGACUCAGCAGGGCCUGCUGUUUCUCAGCUGGAAGCCGGACACAACCAACGGCAUCAUCAGGUCUCUCAUUCAGAUGACCGAGGACAGCCCGGAGGAGGGUGUGGACGACAUGCCGGCCCGCCAGCUGGGGUUGGAACUGGUGUACCACCUACAGACUCUCCAGUACGUCGACCAUCUCCUGGAAUACCACAACAAGCAUGGCAGUGGUCGACCUCUGGAUGAUCCCGAACCACUGGGUAUCCUCCAGAACCUGUUCUCAAUGACCUUCACCUCUGUGUCACGUGAUGCCAUACCUAUAUUCAGCACGAUGGGUCGUGAUGCAGUAGUGCAUGUACUCAGUCAGGACAACAACCUCAGCGUCCUCCUGCCGUUCGUGGAAGAGUCAGAUGAUGAAGAUGGAAACCGUAGGUUGAAGAAGUCUGUGUGUGCUGGCUACACGACCCACCUGCUGUGUCUGGUCAUCAAGCUGUCCAACAACGUGCUGAUGCUGGAGAAGUUUGCCACUCGGAUCCUGGCGGUCAGUGAACAAGAUUUCAACAGUCGCCUGACGGAGCUGGAGGAGUGGGUGGCACCUUUGAAGAAAGUGCCGUGUGUGUCACGUGACAAGAUGUCUGACCUGAUAGGUCAGCUGAAGAUGUAUGCGGAGGAUGUACACAAGCUCCCCCCUGGCCUCAUCACCACUGUCCGUAUCCUCCAUUACCUGUCUGUCCCUCCAGAGAAGCUCUAUACACAAGAUUCUCAGAGUGAGUUGAAGUACAUGCACGCCCUGGUGGAGCUGUACAGCGAGGAGUGUUUCCCCAUCUUCCUCAGCUUUCUCCAGAAGCUGAGUGAGAGCCUGCUGCGACGCUGGCAGAAAGGUAUCCGACUGAGCAAUGAUCAGAUGUCUCGUUACCUCGCCAUCACACAGCCGUCACUGUCCAUAGUGAAGAGGUCCAUUGCCUUCGUCAUAAGGGCCCGGGAAACAGAGUUCAAGGACUUGACAGCUCUCCCAGCCCUGUUUGAGCUCCAUACAGUGUUGUGUUCAGUACCAAUCAGUGUUAUGCACAGUCAAGGAAUUGCAAAGAUCCAGAAGGAUAUAGUGGAUGCAAUCCUGGCCUAUACCCAGCCAGCCCUCAACCAGGCAGCUGCCACAGAAGAAGGACUAGCACAGAGUUUGUGGACUAUGAUGCUGACAGACCUUUUGAAGUAUGCAAAGAAACUUCCCUACACAUAUCUCAGUGGGCUCAUCAUGAUGUCAGAGUUACUUCCCCUGCCACUGCCUCUUCAGACAAAAGAGCCAUUGGAUAGCACAGAAAAAAGUGAGGUUGUGAUGACACGCAAGUUGUGGAGUGCCCACCUCCAUCCCCUAUCCUCUCUCAUCAAUGACCUCAUCAAGGAGUGUUCAGGGUCCAGCUGCCAGCCUCUCCAGCAGAUGUUGUGUCGUGUGUGUUGGCAGCUGGCCGACCUGGCCUCACCCUCCGCCACCAUGAUCACCAGGUGUCUGCUGGACAUCAUCAUUGAGAACAGCAGGAUUCGUCUGGAUGGAGAGAGCGGGGAGGACAAGGAAGGAGAGAAGGAGCCGUUGGUGAAGGAGGACGUAUAUCCCUUCAUCAGGGCGGGACAGGUCACGAAGUCCCUCAGCCUGUUAGGCUACCUCCUGUCUCAGCCCACCAUCAAGAUGGCCAUGUUGCAGCUCAUCAGGGGGAGCUGUGCCGAGGAUGAGAAGUAUACCAGUAUUGUACCCUUCAUGCUCAGCCUGCUGAACGAGGUCUCAGACCGACCCCAUCACAUACAGGCACAGGAGAAUGUGGUGUCCAUCCUGCAGAGUCUCUGUGACACAGAAAUAUCUCUCGUCUCCUCGGACACAGCUCUCACCGAACAGGUAAUCAGCAAUUCACUGCCAGAGAAAGACAUGCUAAAUACUGUGAUAACGGCUCUUCUCCACCACAUGGGGAACCCGGACCACACGUAUGCCUCCAUCUUGCCCUGUGUCCGCACCCUCGUCAUGCUCACAGACCACGACUAUGGCUUCUACCAUCUUGUCACAUGUCUGGAGAAGAAUACGACAGUGUUCAGCAGCCUCCUGUCUCGGGUGAACAACACCUUCAGUAAGGACAGCUCCGACUGCCUCUCCACUCUCUCAGUCAGCCUGGACUUCCUCCGACUCCUUGUGUCACUUGACCCACCAGAAGUGGAGGAGGCCAUGGCACGCACCUACGUCAUCAACAAGCAGCAGCUCAGGGCAUUGUUGUCAUGGACACCAGACCAGGAUCACCCGCUCGACGAUCUGGAGAAGCUCCUGGAGGUGUUUGCCAAGGAGGAGGAGAGUCUGGAGAGCCUGCUUGAGAGCAUCACAUCCCUCACCAAGAUGCUCCGAGACCCUGACAUCACACCAGGAAAAGAUCUGACUGAACCUGAGCUGUCCCCGCCCGAGCCUCUCAGUGUGUUGUUCAACAAGCGAGCUGUGUUCACCGUCAGUGAUGGUGAUGAUAAAAGACUGAGCGCCACCUACUGGCUGGCUAAUCCAAUCACAGAGGAACCAGACUCUGAGCCGGAACUGGUGCGCUGCAACUUGGAGGAUCUGUGUUCAAAAUAUUUCCCGGAAUUUGAUCUGGAGCAGGAACUGAGAAAAGACUCUAUGCCGUCUGCUGAAGAUAUUGUUAAACCCAGGAGGCUCAGAGACCGCCGUCGAUCUCAAGAAGUGAUCAAUAUCAACCACCGUGGCAGAAGAGGGAACAGACCUUUUGUUGCGCCGAUGCGAGGAAGGGGCAUAACUCAUGGUAUGAUGGCCUCCAACCGAUCCGACCCAUUCCGGUCUCGACCUCCCAACACCAGUCGUCCUCCGUCCAUGCAUGUUGAUGACUUCAUCAAGAUGGAAAAGAACCAGCGUCAUCCUGACAACAACCCCCAGGGCCAGCACAUCCACACUGGACAGCCACGCAGGAACGACAAGGAACAAAUGAGAGGUCGAGGCCGAGGCUUCGGGGAUCGCGGAGGAGGUCGAGGAUUCUCCAGCAGAGGGCGCUUCUUCACUCCACCUGGGAAUUAUGCGAGACGGGACCAGGCCCAUGGAGCUGGCGGUUCUCGUGGGGGCACCAGUUCUUACAUGGGGAGACAGAAGUACAACUUUGCCAGUCCCCGGUCGUUCCAGAGAGGAGGCCAUGGUGACCGAGCCAGCCCCACUGACCGCCGGGGUGGGGGCAACAACAGUGGGGGGAGCCGGGACUCACGCUUCGCACCCCGUGGGGGACGAGGAGGAGGAGGCAGCCAGUGGCUCGGGAAGGGCAAGGAUGAUGGCAGGUUUUCUGGCAGUUUCCGGGGGACGAAGAGAUUUCAGUGGAGGCGGAAGACAUUUUCGGUCAUUUACCAAAUAAGUUCUUCCAACUUUGUAACCAUGGCUUUCCUUCAUGGCACCAAGUGUCAACCCAGGUUGAUGUCAUUGUUGAUCCUUCGGAGGAUGUCAUCAGCUUAUUGCAGCUACUGAUGCCUAACAGCCAUUACUGCAACAGUGCUACUGUUUUAAUUCAAAAUGUCAGUGUGCUAUAUUGACCGUGUAGUACGACCUCGUAUCACAUGGACGUUUUGCCUUUGAGAUGAAAUACUUAACUUCUUUGAUAUUUUUCACAUUAGAACUUUUUUCAAAAUUUGCUACUUUAAAAAUAUUUCUUGGCUAUCUUGUAUAUUUCUAGAUAUAUAAAAUAAAAUGCUGUUACGAUGUUAACUAGCUGCAGAGUUGUCCCCCCUUUGGUAGGUCUUGUCCUGUCAGAACUAGUCAACUGCCAGGAAUGGUGGGAGAUAGUACCUAUGUUCCAGGUUGUAAUAUAGUGUCCGCCAGAUAUUGUGUAAAUGUACCAUAGUUCUGAUGCUUUUCAAGACAGCAGUAUACAUACAUCUGCAUUUUCAGACGAAAAAGUUUAUAAAAUAUUUCAGUGUAAUGAUGUUACACUAUAUAUGUGUGAUUGUGACAUCAGCACAAUUUAUAUUUGUAACACAUUGUGUUCCAUCAUCAGAAUGGGUCAUGAAUAGCCAGUUGUCUGAAGCACGCACUACCUUCUGAAGUUGGACUAGGACCUAUGACUGUGUGUUAACAUCCUAGGGUAUCCUGAUGAACGCUUUGUCCGUGUUCAUAGGUUUCACCAAAGUGGUUUACGUGUAAGACACACAUCCCACUGGACUUUCCUCCAACAUCAAGUUGACAAGUCAUUACAUGACGGAAAUACUGCUCAAUACUGUCAACAUGUGCUGAUAAAAGUUUAAAAUCUCCUCGGUAAAUCUCGGAGUUUUAACUUUUUUAAUAUACAACAAUUUGAAUGUGUUUCAUUUCAAUACACCAUGUGUUAAAACUAAGAUUGCUGUAAGGAGAAAACCUGGCUGGUUAUUUUGUUGGUGUUUAAAAUGACAUCAGCUGACCAGUAAUACAUACUGGAGAGUGUAUAUUUUGAAGACCUGAACUUUCGAUGUGCUUCAGAAAGUAUCAGAAUAAUCUGAAUUGCAGAUUUUUAAGAUGAAUCUGAUUGAAUUGUUUACACAUGUGUUGUGUAUUUCAGUUGUCAUCUGUCAAAGUGUAUAUUAUUUUUUAUGAUGUGUAUUAUCAUAUUCCCAUAUUAUCAUUCAUUGCUACAAUUUUGUUUAAAUGUAUAGAAUUGUAGUGCUUCAUGACGUUCAUGGUGUAAUAAAACUGAUAACAAAUGAUGUA